AUGGAGUCUCAUGAUGAAACAGGAUGCCCCAUACUUUGUAUUAAUAAUUGUGGCUUCUUCGGAAGGGCUGAAACAAUGAAUAUGUGUUCCAAAUGUUACAAAGAUACCUUGUUGAAUAAGGAACAAGACAAGCUAACAGCAGCAUCGGUUGAAAGCAUUGUGAGCGGCGGUUCCACGAAAGAGAUUGUGUACGAUGGUGCUAUUGAUGUACAAGUUGGAAAUGUGGAGGUCAAGACCAAGACGGUCUGUGCUGAGAUUUCUGGAGAUUCAUCGACUAGUGAGAUUCCGGAGACCAAAGUCAAGACAGGUCCAAGCAGAUGUGGAACUUGCCGGAAGCGCGUGGGAUUAACUGGUUUCACCUGCAAAUGUGGAAACCUAUUUUGUGCAAUGCACCGAUAUUCUGACAAGCAUGAUUGCCCAUAUGAUUACCAAGCUGUUGGUCGGGAUGCUAUCGCUAAAUCCAACCCCAUAAUUAAGGCUGAUAAGAUUGACAAAUUCUAG